AUGAAUAACUUUGAAAACACAUUCAAUCAAGUAGAUGACCAAUCAAGUAAAAGGACACUUCCUUGGUUAUUAAUCACAAAAAUCAUUAGAUAUGCAUAUGAUUUUAGUAGUAUAUGUACAUGUGUCAACACAAACCGGUUAAGAGGUGUAUAUAAUGAACAUAAUCGAUUCGUUUGGGAUACACGAUCUAAACUAGAGAAUUUAGAAAAAAUAAGGGAUGAUGGCACUUGCUUGAGAGUAACAGCUCACCUUCAAAUGGAACAGAGAUUCAAAGAAGAACAAUUAAAUAGAGAUGACAUGUGUCCAAUUCACCAAUACAUCAUUGACAUUAAGAAAAGACCUUCAUUUAAUUUCGUUGGUGAUUUUCCUUCAAACAAGUAUCUCGGGUUGGUUGAUGACAGCAACAUAAGGAAACUAUCUUUAGCGCUCGUCUCCAAGAGUCUAUUCAACUUUGUGUCUACUCGUCUCUUUACCAAAAUCAAGAUAAUGCCCACCAUUGAAUCGCAGACACAUAUCCAAAACCCAUUUUGUGUCAUCAAGAGAGCCACCCAUCUUUCUCUAUUACCACUAAAUAGAUACGGUGGAGGAGCUUCAAUCUUGGAUUAUCAAGAUAUUCAAAGGUUUAUCAAAGAUGUCCCUAGUCUAUGUUGUGAUGUGGAAGAACUCAUCUUUAAAGGUCAAACCUUUUUAGACUCUGAAACUCUCCUAAUCAUCACUGCCAAUCUUCCCAACAUCACAUGCAUCCAUCACCACCGAAAGACCGACGGAACAACCAUCAAUGAAUUAUUCACCAACUUUACCAAAGUUACAUCUUGGGAUCUUUCAAAUGUAUCCAUUAACAACUCUAAGAGUCUUGAUCAACUACCACUGUUGAUUAAAUCAGACUCCCCGAUUAGAAAGAUAAUUUUACCAAACUAUUAUGAUUGGAAUUUACUGGAUCCAGCGGUCAAACAAAACCUAGAGGUUUUAUCAUUUCAAGAAAAAAAAUCAUAUCAUCUAUUACUUGACCUGCAGGAUGAUCAUUCCUCAUUUCCAAGUCUUAGACAUAUAAUACUUGAUGGUUAUUAUUUAAAGGAAUGGAUAGAUUUAAAAUUACCAACCACAGUUGUAAAGGUUACACUUUUAUCAUGUCGAAAAAAGAAAUCACUUUUAUUCUUUAAAGAAAACCCACAAAUCAAAACAAUUAGAUUUCUAAAUAUUUUUUACCAAUUGGAUACAUUUUGUAAUCAUUCUUUACAAUUGGAUGAUAUAAGUUGUCUCCCAUUCAAUGAAAUCCAAUCAAGUGUAGAGAAUAUUAUCAUUCAUUCACCAACCUCUAUUUUGGAGAGUGAUGUAAGACAAUUUCAAAAAAAUGGUUAUCAAUUUAUUGGAUCAACAGCUGCAAGAAAUUCAAAUUUUAAAUUACAAUUUAAAAGAAUGGAGGAUUCUGAAUACGAAUCUUUAAAUCAACUUAUUCAACCACCAUGUACAUUUCAAGUUAAAAACAAGAAAUUUUAUAAAGACUAUUGUGGUAGUAGUAGUCAAAAUAUACUCCCAAAUUUCAUUCUAUUCAAGAUUAUUGGAAUGGUUUGGAAUUUAAGAGGUAGUUGUACAUGUUGUCAUAAUCAGAGUAUCAAAGAUAGAAUUAAAAAUGAUGGUAUUAAAUUAUUGGACAAUCAAGAAUUUAUGAAAGAAUUGGAAAAUAUUAAAUCAAAUUGUGCGGUUCAUUUUUCAACCAAAACUGCCUAUCAUCCAGGUGGAUUCAAUUCAAUACACAUCAAUCGAUCAAGAUUUCAACUGUCUCUUUUAUCAAAAGCUACAUUUGGAUUUAUUCAAUCAAAUUAUUUCAACACCUUUAUUCCCCCUUUAGAGUCAGCCUCAAUGUCUGUUCAUUUGGAAAACAAUUAUUGUUUGUUGAACCAUUUCACCUCACUGGAAUUGUUUCAUGACCGUCCUUAUGAAUCAUCUUUGGAUUACUUUCUAGGUAAAUCUCUUACGAUUACUGAGAUAUCAUUCAAUGUAAUAGAUAUUCUUGAUAAAUACAGUGAUACCUACAACUUUUAUCAGAAAACGGCCAAAUCUUUUAUCCCACUGGAUAUUCGAUAUUUGGAGAACCGUGGAGCUUAUCAUAUAAUCGACCACCAACUAUCAGAACAAUUAAAAGGAAAACCAAUAGAGAAACUAUAUAUCCAUGAAGAUCAACGUAAAAGUGUUUAUGAAUCAUUAUCAGAUGAUACCAAGAUGUCAAUGAAAUCAAUAUUGAUCAAUCUAAACGAAGAUCAAGAUCUUGUACUUUUAAACCUCUUUCCAAAUGUAACACAGUUGCAUAUUGACAAAUCAGAUAUAAUCCAAAAUAUCAUUCUCCCAUCUAAAAGAAUUAAGAAAGUGAUUGGAUACGCUUACCAAAAGAUUACUAGUUUUCUAAAGAUCAAUCAAUCAAUCGUAACUUUUAAAACACUCUUUAAAAGUUUUAAUGAGAUUGGGUAUCUAGAAUCUCUAGUAAAAGAUAAUGAUUUAGUAGAUGCAAUACAUAUUAGAAAUCUAGUCUUUCAAAUUAGUUCAACACCUUCUAAAAAUCUAUUAUCUAAUCCCUACUUUCAGCUUAAUAAAACAAUAAACUCUUAA